UUAUGGAACGAGCUUGUCUCUGUGGAGGCCAAAGGCGUCUUCCCGAAGCCACGACUCCCUGGGGCGGCGUCUGGUAGGGAGAGGUUGCUGGAGCCGUGCGCGGCGCAGACCUAGUAGUGUGUUGUGGGGCGCUGGGAUCUGGCCUGCCUUGUCUGCCCAGCUCCGGGCUGUGAGGACUGAAUUUUUCAGCUACAGAAUGUAUAGUUCUUUAAAAGGUUGUGAUGAAUAAACUGGAAUUAAAAGAAGAUAAGAUGCUGAAAGUUCAGUUUGUGGGAGAUGAUGAUGUUCUUAAUCACAUUCUUGACAGAGAAGGAGGAACUAAGUUAAAGAAGGAGCGAGUUCAGCUAUUGGUGAAUACAAAAAAAAUAAUAAAGAAGUCCGAAUGUGAAUUGGAAGAAGAUGACCAGGAAGUCUUAAAAGAUGAGGACUAUGUGGAAGUUUUGGGAACAAAUGUUCAAGAUUCCUUGAAAAAUGGCUCUGCUACAGAGGGUGGAAAUAAAGUUUAUUCUUUUCAGAAUAGAAAAAAACCAGAAAAAAUGUCUAAAUUAGCUUCAGAGCUAGCAAACACACCAAGAAAAAAUGUUUCAUUGGAUGUGAAGAAUGGGCCUGAAAUUAUGAUAAACAUUCCUCAAAGUAGCAAAGGACAUUCUGAUUCAGAAAAAGUUCAGUUGAAGAACAAUGACAAAAGUGAAUACAUAUCAACAACACCUCAUCGCCUAAGAAAAAGAUUAAUUGUUAGGUCUCAUUCUGAGAGUGAAAGUGAAUAUUCUGCUUCCAACUCAGAGGAUGAUGAAGAGGUUGCCCAGGAAUCUGAAGAAGACACUAAGACAUUUGUAGGCAGCCAAAAGAGUGAAGCACAGAAUAGAAUAGUUUCAGCUUCUAUUUGCAAAGAAACGGCUUCUAAGAAAAUGAAAAGAGAGAAGACAAGUGACUUGGUAGAAGAAUAUUUUGAAGCUCACAGUAGUUCAAAAGUUUUAACCUCUGAUAGAACACUGCAGAAGCUAAAGAGAGAUAAACUCGAUCAGCAAAGUUUGCGUCAAUUAUUGAGCAAGGUUCCUCCUUCCUUUUCUGCUGAACUUAAACAAUUAAAUCAACAAUAUGAAAAUCUAUUUCAUAAAUGGAUGCUACAGUUACACCUUGGAUUCAACAUUGUCCUUUAUGGUUUGGGUUCCAAGAGAGAUUUACUAGAAAGGUUUCGAACCACCAUGCUGCAAGAUUCUAUUCAUGUUGUCAUCAAUGGCUUCUUUCCCGGAAUCACUGUGAAAUCAGUCCUGAAUUCUAUCACAGAAGAAGUUCUUGACUAUGUGGGAACUUUCCGAAGUGUGUUGGAUCAACUAGACUGGAUAAUAAACAGAUUUAAAGAAGAUUCUUCUUUAGAACUUUUCCUUCUCAUCCACAAUUUGGAUAGCCAAAUGUUGAGAGGAGACAAGAGCCAGCAAAUUAUUGGACAGCUCUCAUCUCUGCAUAAUGUAUACUUGAUAGCGUCUAUUGAUCAUCUCAAUGCUCCUCUCAUGUGGGAUCACGCAAAGCAGAGUCUUUACAACUGGCUCUGGUAUGAAGCUACUACAUACAGCCCCUACACUGAAGAAACCUCCUAUGAGAACUCUCUUCUGGUUAAGCAGUCAGGAUCCUUGCCACUUAGCUCUCUGACCCAUGUCUUACGAAGUCUCACCCCUAACGCAAGGGGGAUUUUCAGGCUGCUGAUAAAGUAUCAACUCGAUAACCAGGAUAACCCAUCUUACAUUGGACUAUCCUUUCAAGAUUUUUACCAGCAGUGUCGGGAAGCAUUCCUCGUCAAUAGUGAUCUGACACUGCGGGCUCAGUUAACUGAAUUUAGGGACCACAAGCUCAUACGGACAAAGAAGGGAACUGAUGGAGUUGAGUAUUUACUAAUUCCUGUUAACAGUGGAACAUUGACAGACUUCUUAGAAAAGGAGGAAGAAGAGGUUUGAAGCCAUCCUUUACUCUUGAGCCUUCCCUGGAAGGGUUGCUCUACCCCAGUAGCCACUCCUCUGGUAGAAAGUGUUCAUCCACUCUUAUUUUUCCAGCAAACAAGAUGAAUUGAGAGGGGAGACAUCACCAAUUAGAAUUUCUGAUUAGCCUGGCUGCGCUAGCAUGCCUCACACUAUGCACUGGUCCUCCAGUUGGAGAAAAUGUGCCUUUCACUCAUUACCUCUGGAUUCUUCUUGUGGGAAUGUACAGUGUGCUCAGGGACUAUUUGGGACUGGAUGUUUUUUGAAAAUUUUUGUACUAAAGAUAAUAUUUGUGAUUCUUCGGAGGCUUUUUAUUAUUCUCCGAGCUGACUGAUUAUUUGCAAGUGUGCUGGUUCCAGAGUGUACAAGUACAGAGAUACAGGUGUCAGGUCAGUCUGCUGUCUGCUGUACUGUGUCAGAACCACUGGCUGUAAUGGAAAGUGACAGGGCCUGGCUGCCUGCUUCUGAAAUGACUU